AUGACUUCCGGAUGGCUGGUGCGCUGCUUGGCCUUGCUGUUGGCCUGGCGGAUGCGUGCUGCGUGCUGGGCCUUCGUGGCCGUGACUCAGCCCCAGCGUCCGGUGGGGCGCACGGCGCGGAGGGUGCGCGAGCGCCGCCAGCCAAGACCCCGAGCCCGGAUGGAGCAGAGGAGCACGGAGGGAGAAGGUUGCACGCCAGCCAGAGUCAUCACACGCCGCAUUACGCAGGCUGUCUCUGCGUCCCAGGUCUUGGACAUCAUGCAGGCGGAGCAAGAGAAUCCAAACAUGGAUCUAAUUGCAGUUGCCACAGCAUGGACCAGGCUCGCGCAACUUCAGCGCAGCAUCAAUGCUGAGACGACAAACUCCCCAGCAUUCCUGAUGCUUGUUUGUCUGACAGGCUCGCUGCUGGAAAGGCCAGCUGGGCUUGCGCGCGCAGUCGCAAACAUAUUCUGGGCAGCAGCAAGGCUUCAUGGCAGCAUGUCUCCGCAGCUUGCAGCAUUGUGGCCAAGUUUGGCACGCGCAAUCAGGACCACCGUGAACGACCUGAAUGCCCAAGGAGUAGCCAAUGUCAUUUGGGCGGUGGCGAAGCUUGCCAAUGCUGGCAUUGAAGUUGUAUUGGGCUUGCUUCCAGUCUUGGCAGCUCGGGUGCCCGCGGUGAUAUCAGAGAUGAUAGAACAGCACGUGUCCAACGUCAUAUGGGCUACUGGACAAUUGUCAGUUGAACCCUUCCGUUCUGGUGUGGCACGCAGCCUGCGCGAAGCACUUCCCGACUUGGUGGCUCGAGCUGGUGUCUUGUUACCCACGGCAAAGCCACAAGCGAUUGGGAACAUUUGCUGGGGCAUGGCGCUUUGUGGCUACUAUGAUGAUGUGCUGUUUGGAGCCGUUGCGGCGAGGGUGACAAAUGAAGCAGCAGGGUGGAGUCAUGCAGAUGUUGAGCUGAACUUGUCAUGGGUUCUUUGCGCGCUUGCAAGACUGAAAGCUACAGGACAUCAAGAUUUGAUGGACACGGCUGCCAAGAUCUUGCCCCCUAUGUUGUCUAAAAUUAGCGACUGGAGCCUGUGCGCCUUGAGCUGGUCAUUCCAACAGCUGGACAGUGGCAACUUUGACACCUUCCGGCAGAGUCUGGAGGCAGAAGUGACAUCCCGUGGUAUUCCAGAAGACGAUGUCGAGCGCAGCCGCUUCGGGCCUGAGACCUGGAAGCAAGCCAACCAAAGGCACAAAUGA